AUGAAGAAUAUGCUGUAUUGCCAUAUAGAUGACAUCGAGAGGCUGCAGAAGGUAGUCGCCGAUACUGAAGAACAGUUCGCCAACUGCCUUCGGCAAAUCAAGACGCUGGGCGAGGAGAAGGGGCAGCGGGAGAAGGAACUGGAGAUUCUUAGGGAAGCCACCCAAACGCUCAUGGAUAUGGUGGAUCCAGCAGAGGAAGGCAAAGCAGAUAAGCAGCCACUGCUGGAGCGACUUCGUGGGGCGCCGGAGAGAGUCGUCAAGUUCCUCACGGAAGCCCCGAUCACAUGCGUCAGCCAUGCCUUUACAUUCAGUACAGGACGUUUUAGGGAACGCCGCUGGAGACAGUCUAACCCAUCGCGCCCUCCCUCCCCCUUUCGAGCACGUGCCGCCACCAGGACGCCGCGGUUCUGCGCAGCGCCACCGCCGCCGUGCGCCAGCCCCGCGGGCUUGCCCUGCCGCGCGGCUUCGUCCCUGCGCGCUCUGACCUGCGACCCUGCGCCUCCUGUUGUCGCGCCGCCCCCUCUGCUCGCGCUCCCUCUCCCACCCGCGAUACGCCGCCGCCUGUCUUGCUCGACGGAACAGAACCGUCGCCGCCACUUCCCGGUCAGAUUCCGGCCUCCACGAUGCAUCCCCGCCGCAAGUAAGAUUGGUGAGCUCAAGAAGUUGGUGGGAGUAGGGAACAUUUGUUACUGUAUGUGCUUUUGGAUUUUUCAGGGCACAAUGUUUUCUUCAAGAAUGAAGCCAGGAAGCACUUGCAGCUCCAAGAAGAAUCAAUUUAGUCAGGUGCUUGGGUGGUUGGCGUUCCAAAUAGACAAACUUACCUAUGCAGCACUUGUAGAAAAAUUCAGGGUGUUUUAGUGGUAGGUUACUUUGUCCUGUCAUUUAUUAUGUUGCCUACCUAAGAUUAUUAUAGUAUUCAAUAGGAAGGCAGGAGGUAACUUGGCAAUUUGGUCAUAGUGAAAGAAGUUCAAGCAAAAUAAAUUUGACUAAAUGAUGAGCUGAUAAAAUGCAUCUGAUUAGCUGGUGCGUAGGGUAGACUAUAAGAAUUGUUGCACUUCUCUAUGACCUUUCCCUCUGUUUUCUUUAGUGUCCUAAUAGAUGUUUUUUCUUCUGGUGAACUUCUAGCUUCCCUGGGAUGCACCCCUAGCAUUGGAAUAAAGCGAAAAUUUUCAUUCAAGUUAGGAAAUCACAAAUCAGAUGAAAAGCAAGGAUCCUUCAUGCACAAAUAGACACUUUUGCACAUGGUCACUUAUCUAUCAUUAACAUGCCUCAACUUUCAUCACUCACUACUGAUUCUCUUUUAGCACCUGUUUUUAAGUUUCACGGGUGGCACAUCAACUACAUCUUUCAUUAAAGAACUAAAGAAGCCACAAGCCAUGAAUUUGUCAUGGCUCUGUGCAUUUAGAGUUGCAGUAAAAGUGCAUGGACACAUGGCUCCUUAUGAUUGUGUAGAUGAUCAAGAGAUUAUGGAAUAAUGUAUGCAUGUAUACAUGCAAAAGUAGUAUUCCUGUUUUGAACUCUGAAGUGUUGUGAUCAAUGAUUUAUAGGUAUGAUUAAGAGCUUUUCAUGCUUCUGUCCAUUAAGUCAUGGAAAUCAUUGAAGGUAGGAGUGUACAGGCUUCCUUUGCACAAUGCUGACAUACAACCCAUCUAACUCAGUUCAUUUUGGAUCUACCUUAGUGGGAGCUGUUAAAAUUUAGAUGUGUACCGUAAUCGUCAUUUUGGCUUUAUUACUGUUGG